AAAGUGUGAAAGCCAUUGAAGAGAUUGAACAGACGUAUGUUUACAAGUCAGCUGGUUUCCGCUUCAGUUUAUCUUUCGAAGUAAAGCGCAGUGUUAUUUCAUACGGGAAUCGGGGAAAAUAGAUUAAAACUGAUAAGAACUUGAUCAAAUUUCUGAAAUUGUUUUUGAUAUUUAGUACGCGAACUCUGCAGCAUUUACAGAUUGAAAACAUGGAGAGUACAAGUUCCAUUUUGUUAUUUGUGCUUUUGUGGAUAAAUUCAAGCUCGGGACAAAAUUACACCAUAACUUCAGUAGUUGAGGAUCCUUAUUUGAUAGAUAAUGGCGAUGGAACAUUUUCUGGUUUUAUGGUAGAUCUUUUAGAUGCUCUAGCAAAACGAGAUGGAUUUUUUUCGUAUGAAAUAGGGUUAAACCCUGAUGACAAGUAUGGGUCACAGGACGGCUCAGGCAACUGGGAUGGCAUGAUAGGUGAAUUACUUCAAGAUCCGGAUAUUCAAAUUGCUGCAGCACCAAUAGUAAUAACAGAAGAGAGAAAGUCAGCAGUACCGUUCACAAGACCGUUCCUUAAUGUUGGACAUCGUAUUGUAAUCAAGAAACCUGUGGUCAAAUUUCGAACCUUGAGUGUAUUAUUCGAGCCCUUUAGUUUACAGCUAUGGAUUAUGGUUAUCGUCAUAUGUUUUAUUGUUUCUGCACUGUUGUUCAUCGUAAACAAGUUUAGUCCUUCAGAGUGGAGUAGGAUCCGUCCAGAGGACGACCCGACAAACGCAAAAGAUAGUUUUUCUGCUCACAACGCAUUUUUCUUUGUCCACAGCACAUUAACAUGGCAAGGUUACAAAGAAGUACCACGGUCCCCAGCAGGUAGAAUUUUAGUCACAAUGUGGUUUAGCUUUAUAUUUUUUAUGGUCAUAGCCUACAUCGCCAAUCUCACGGCAUUCUUCUUAGCCAGAGAGACAGAUAAACCAGUCGUUCCUUUCAAAACAUGGCAGGAAAUGACGACACAGUCAAGUGUUUUAUAUGGCGUUAAACCAGGCGGUGUGAUGCAUAGAAAUAUGAAAGUUACAAAAGAUCCCAUGCUACAACAUGCUAUUCAAAAUAUUGAAACAUAUUCUACGACAUUUAGUUCUUCUGAUGAUGGAAUAAAGAGAGUCAGGGAAUCAGAUGGAUCAUUUGCAGCCAUUGUUCCAGUAGAUGAGGGUUCAAAAUAUAUUAACAAUGAGCCCUGUGACCUUAUGUUUGUUGGCGCGAAUAUUGUGAAUAUACCAUAUGGCAUAGCUUGUAAAUCAGUUGACAUAUGUAACAGACUUACUGUCGCGUUGUUAAAAGAAUCGGAAUCUGGUGGUUUAUAUUUACUGGAGCAGAAAUGGCUCACCCCAAAAUCUAAUUACAAGUGUCCAGUUUCCAGUUUAGAGAACUAUAUCAGUAAACAAGAAACAGCACGUCUUUCAGCACGACCAUUGACUAUUGCUGAUGCAUCUCUAGCUUUUGUUGUUCUUCUCCUUGGUAUAGUGUUCUGUAUCCUCUUUCUCGUCAUCGAAGUAUUAGUUCACAGACGACGUAAAAUGAAAUCAUCAAGAAUCAGUAAAGAGGGCCAAACCAACAAGAGUGCUGAUGUGGAGCAGGCCACAGACGAACAAGAAAAGGCACCAAUUGCUACAAACGAGGCUACAAACAAUAUAGACUGAACUAAUAUAUAAGAAAGGAUAAUACAUGCUUAUCGAUAUUGCGAAUAUUUCACGGGCAGAAAAUUCAACACAACCAAAAUUUUCCUCCAUCAAUUUCAAAUUGUGAAGUAAAAUAUGAUCACUAAAUAGAAUAUUAAUGAUAUUUGAAAAAGCGGAUUGUAAAAGAAUAACUAGGAUGUGCAAUGAAUUAUAAACAAAAUACUCGGUUUAUAUAAUUAUUUGAUAUGUAGGCUAAAGCCAAGAAUAAAAUAGAUUGUUUAUGAGA